GAUUAGAAUGGAGGAAGUGACAGGCCUAAAUGGUUCCAGCAACCUAAAUCCUAAGUAGUCAUCAUGCGGAGCUCAGAGAAACCAGCAACGGCAGGCGCUAGACUUAAGGCUUCUCCGAGGGAAGGACCAUUUCCCUUUGAACCGCAAUAUGCAGAAAGAUACAAAGAACUUCACAGGACUCUAUUUUGGUUACUACUCAUCUCCGUUUCGACGAAUACGGCACCUAUAACCAUUCUGCCAUGCUGUCCCAACAGAUUCUAUCGAUUGGUCCACUUGAGUUGGAUGAUUCUGUGGUACGGAUCGUUCGUCGUGGGCUCCUACUGGGAAUUCGUGCUCGUCACCACACAGAGGGUGUCCUUGGACCGCUAUCUAUAUGCCAUCGAGUCCGCAAUCUAUGUAGUUCACAUACUUUCCAUCAUGCUCCUCACUUGGCAGUGCAGGAACUGGGCUCCGAAGCUGAUGACGAACAUCGUUAGAUCCGACCUGGAUAGAGCCUAUACCAUAGACUGCGGCAGAACCAAGGGAUUUAUAUGGCUGCAGCUGUUUCUGGUGGGGAUUUUCGCCUGUCUAGCGAUCUUCUUCAACAUCUGGACCCAGAACUGCGUUGUAUAUAGGUCGAUCCUGAGCAUCAACAGCUACGUGAUGCCCAAUAUCAUAAGUAGCAUAUCCUUCGUCCAGUACUACCUGCUGCUCCAAGGAAUCGCUUGGCGUCAAAGGCAACUAACCGAAAACCUGGAACGGGAACUAACUCAUUUACACAGUCCCCGAAUAUCGGAGGUCCAGAAAAUCCGAAUGCAUCAUGCGGAUCUGAUUGAUUUUACCAAGGUGGUGAACCGCACCUUUCAGUACUCCAUCCUACUGCUCUUCGUGGGAUGUUUCCUGAACUUCAAUCUCGUCCUGUUCCUCGUCUAUCAGGGCAUUGAGAAUCCUUCGAUGGCUGACUUCGCCAAGUGGGUAUGCAUGCUCCUCUGGCUGGCCAUGCACGUGGGAAAGGUUUGUAGCAUCCUGCACUUCAACCAGAUUAUACAGAAUGAGGUGGGAAAACCCUAAAGAAGAUCAAACUGUAGCUGAAAUGUAUUUCCUUAGCAUUCCAGGUGCUUGACCUUAUUGAGUAGAGUGUCGUGUUCCAGAAAGGAUCUUCAGGAUACCAUUACCCAUUUCAUCGUCCAAAUGCGGACGAAUGUGCGGCAGCAUGUGGUGUGUGGAGUCAUAAAUCUGGACCGCAAAUUUUUAACCACUGUAAGUUUGAGCUACUGCUUUAUUGCAAAUAACUUUAAUUAUUUAACCAAUUUAGUUGUUGGUGGCCUCUGCUGAUUUCUUUAUCUUCCUGCUGCAAUACGAUGUCACCUACGAAGCCUUGUCCAAGUCGGUUCAGGGCAAU